AUGGUGAAGCACAAUAACGUCAUCCCCAACGGCCGCUUCAAGAAGCACUGGCAGAACUAUGUCAAGACAUGGUUCAACCAGCCUGCCCGCAAGCAGAGGCGCCGCAUCGCUAGGCAAAAGAGGGCUGUAAAGAUCUUCCCACGCCCCACUGCUGGACCUCUUCGCCCCAUUGUUCAGUGCCAGACACGCAAGUACAACAUGAAGUCUAGGGCUGGGAGGGGCUUCACUCUUGAAGAACUGAAGGCAGCUGGUAUUCCCAAGAAGCUUGCCCCAACCGUUGGCAUUUCAGUGGAUCACCGCCGCAAGAACCGCUCACUUGAGGGUCUGCAGUCCAAUGUCCAGAGGCUGAAGACCUACAAGGCGAAGCUUGUGAUCUUCUCAAGACGUGCACGCAAGGUCAAGGCUGGCGACUCCACCCCCGAGGAACUUGCCACAGCCACCCAGGUCCAGGGCGAGUACAUGCCUAUCACCCGUGGCGAGAAGCGCUCGAUCGAAGUUGUCAAGGUGACGGAUGAGAUGAAGGAAUCCGGGGCCUACAGGAAGCUCCGCUUGGAAAGGAUGAACAAGCGUCACCAGGGUAUGCGGCAGAAGAAGGCUGCUGAAGCCGAGAAGGAAGACAAGAAGUAAA